CCUGAUAAGAGUCCGGUUACAGCUGCAGAUUAUGGUCAAGAAAAAUCCACAAUUCUGUUGUGAAUCGGUUUUGAUUGGUCAAAUCAAACCAGUCGUAGUUGACCAAGCCUAAUGAUAAAUGCAGGAUCUCAAGCUGUGAUCAGUCUUGUGUUGCAGAGAGAACUUCACCCUGAACCACUAUACUUGGUUGCUGAGGAGAAUACAGAAGACCUGCAAAAGGAUGGCUCUGAGGCAUUUUUAGAAAGCAUCACUAAGCUUGUGAACAAUGCUCUAGCUUCUGAUGAGUCCUACGCCGCCGUUCCUCUUUCAAUGGAAGAUGUGCGGAAAGCGAUAGACCACGGGAGGUCACAAGGCGGUUCCAAUGGCCACCACUGGAUUCUUGAUCCUAUCGAUGGCACAAGAGGAUUUGUAAAAGGAGAGCAUUACGCCGUGGCAUUGUCCUUGCUUGUGGAAGGAAAAUUAAUGCUUGGUGUCAUGGGUUGCCCGAAUCUUGAGAAUCACAGGUUUUCUUCUUCUUCUUCUUCUUCUUCUUCUUCUUCUUCUUCUUCUUCAGAUAAAGUUGGCUGCCUUUUCUUUGCAACAGCAGGAGAAGGAGCUUAUGUGCAAUCGCUUGAAGGCGACUCUCCUGCACAGAAGGUGCAAGUGAGCAACAUUGAGAAUCCUGAAGAAGCAACUUUUGUCGAAUCAUCUCAUAAACCAAUCCCCAUCCACACCUCUAUUGCCAAUAAACUUGGGAUCAAAGCAUUACCUCUAAGAAUCCAUAGUCAGGUAAAGUACGCAGCUCUAGCUCGAGGAGACGCAGAGAUAUACUUGCGUUUCACUCUCAAGGGUUACCGUGAGACCAUAUGGAACCAUGCUGCUGGUGCAAUCAUCACCACAGAAGCUGGAGGCGUAGUUUGCGAUGCGGAUGGGAAUCCCCCUGCCUUCUCGAGAGGAAAGCAUCUUUAUCUCAAAAGAGGGAUCGUGGUUAGCACCAAGAAGCUCAUGCCACGGCUCUUGAAGGCCAUCAAAGAAUCAAUGGAAGAGGAGAUGCAGGAAGAUGAGAUGCACAUCUCUGCCUCUGAGACACAACUGACACUGUAAUAUAUGUACUGUAUGAAA